AUGGAGAAGAAGCUUCGUACGGCGAAGAAGGCGUGGAAGAAACUAACCAACACAUUACGAUUCAAAUUCCACGCGCUCAAAAUCUCCAGAUCCAUCAAUAUAGCCACGCGCCGCCUCAACUCCGUCGUUCAACGCUCCCUCAGCCUUCUAUUUCCCUCCAAAUUUCGCCGCCGUCUUCUCCGCCGUAAGUCCUCUCCUUCUUCAUAUUACCGUCGCGAUCAGAAUCAAUAUCUCCAACAAUACGAUGAACACGUUCAAAAUCCAAACAAUUUCGCGCCAAUCCACAUCGAUGAGCUCUUCGCGGAUCCGGCAGCGCCGAUUGCAGAGACGAGCAGAGGAAAAGAAGUAAUGGAAGAGGAGAAGGAGACGAGUGUUAACAGCAUUGAAGAUGCUUGGAAAAUCGUGGUGGCUUCAUCGCCGCAUCUACGGCCGGUGGAUGAACGAGCAGAGGAGUUCAUAAGGAAAUUCCGGGAAGAGAUUAUUCUUGAGAAGGAGAAAUCGCUUCUCGAAUUUCAACAGAUGUUGGCCCGCAGUGCUUGA